GGCAUUGUAGUUGUUUUGCCUAUUAGAAUUUCUGGUUGGGCAACCUUGGAGCCACACUGGGAGGACUUCUAGUCCCAGGUGGCUUAGUAAGCUUUAGUUCAGGCGCGGCACACAGAGCAAGGCACGUUUGAAGAGAGUCCUCGGUUUUGGUAGACUAACUUCCAUUCACUAAAACAAUGUUCCUGAACUGAAGAAGCUGGAGUUCAUUUCCACAACUCCUCCCAGACACAUUUGUAACUAGUCCCCUCUGCUUGAAAUACCUCAUAUGGUUUCUAUUUUCCUUAGUGGACCAUGAGUGAUACAGUAGAUGCUGCGUUACUACCACUCAUUUGCAGAUACAGAUAAAAUGUCCACUAAGCAAGAAUGUUCAGACUGGUGCAGCUGAUGUGACAGAAAGGUGGAAAAAAUGCUAACCAGUGAAAGAGGUCAUUUUUGGUCAAGAGGAAUUUCACAAAAUAGAUCUGAAGGAAAUUUGUUUGACAUGGAAGCCCAAAAAGCCUCAAAAAAUUGCAAUAUUACAGAAUGUCCAGACCCACGUUUGCUUCUCAGUUGGUCAGAUGCUUUCAUACUUCAUGGCAAUAAUGCUUCCAAGGCUACAAAUCCAUUCUGGAAUGAACUGUCUGCUUCUAACCCAUUUUUGGAUGACAUAACUCAGCUAAGAAAUAACGAGAAGAGAGAGAAUAUUUCCAUCUUGAAGGAAGAUCCUUUCCUUUUUUUCAGAGAAAUAGAAAACGGAAAUUCUUUUGAUUCCUCUGGUGAUGACCUUAAUGUGCAUCAGUUGCUUAGGCAGUCUUCCUCAAGGAAAUCUGGAAGAUCUAAAAGUGUUUCAGAACUUUUGGACAUUUUAGGUGACACAGCACACGCCCCUCAGAAUAUACAUAACUCUGAUGAGAUCCUAGAACAAGAUUUAGAAUGGCUUCAAAAUGAUCGAGAGGCUUAUAAAAUGGCUUGGUUAAGUCAACGCCAACUGGCCCGCUCCUGCCUGGAUUUGAAUACAAUUAAUCAGAGUCCUGGAUGGGCCCAAACACAAGUUGCAGAGACCAUGAUAGUUUAUAAAUUAAACCACCAAGGAGGGUCAGUGCAAUUACCUGAAUCAGAUAUCACUGUUCAUGUGCCUCAAGGCCAUGUAGCAGAGGGAGAAUUCCAAGAGGUAUCUCUAAGGGCUUUUCUUGAUCCUCCACACAUGCUUAACCAUGAUCUUUCAUGCACUGUAAGCCCACUGUUGGAAAUGAUGUUAGGCAACCUUAACACAAUGGAAGCCAUUUUGCUGGAGAUGAAAAUAGGGGCUGAAGUAAGAAAGGAUCCUUUCAGCCAAGUCAUGACAGAAAUAGUGUGUUUACACAGCCUGGGUAAAGAAGGCCCUUUCAAAGUGUUAAACAACUGCUACAUUUAUAAAGACACCAUCCAAGUCAAGCUAAUAGACUUGAGUCAGGUGAUGUAUCUAGUGAUUGCUGUGCAAGCGAAAGCUACUCUGUCGCCAGCUGCCACCAUUUGGGAUUACAUCCACAAAACCACCUCAAUUGGAAUUUAUGGGCCCAAAUAUAUCCAUCCCAGUUUCACUGCUGUUUUCACAGUUUGUGGACACACUUAUAUGCCAGGAAAGCUGACAAUCUCUGAUGUUAAGAAGGGUGGAAAAAACACAUCUCCAGUUGUGUUUCAGCUCUGGGGGAAGCAUUCAUUUGUUCUUGACAAGCCACAAGAUUUAAGUAUUUCUGUUUUUUCAUGUGAUGCUGAUUUUGAAGUAAAGGCAGAAGGAGAAAGGAAAGAAAUUAAACAAAAGCAGUUGCAAGCAGGUGAAGUAGUUCAUCAACAAUUUUUAUUUUCCUUAGUUGACUGCAGAGAAAUGCACUUGUUUGUUUUCCGUGUUCAAGUGGAGCCUCCCAAUGGUGGACCAGUUACUCAGUUCUUUAUCACUACACCUGACCCAGCCCCACACCUAAAAAGGCUCUCAAAUCUGCCAGAUGAUUUGCAGAAGGAAAAGGAAAUCAAGUCUGCUCCUUUACUACCAAGAGUGUGUGUUAAAUAUCCCACAUUUCAAGACAAAAAAUUGAACUUCACCAACUAUGGGGUAACCCUGAAGACAGUGCUAAGACAAAGCAAGAUUGACUACUUACUUGAAUAUUUCAAAGGGGACACAGUAGCUCUGCUUGGGCAGGGUAAGAUAAAAGCCAUUGGGCAGUCCAAAGUGAAAGAAUGGUAUGUGGGAGUCCUGAGAGGUAAGACUGGACUUGUACAUUGCAAAAAUGUCAAGGUGGCAGCAAAGGAACAAGUAAUAUCUAUGCCAGAGAGUGUCUUCACAACCAAGAAUCUUAUCGAACAAAUCGCCCUCCCCUUUAGAAAACUCACUUACAUCUACUCAGUUGUAUUGACCUUGGUGUCAGAAAAAGUUUAUGACUGGAAAGUUUUAGCUGAUGUCCUGGGUUACUCGCACCUGGAACUGGAAGAUUUUGAUGGACUACAAGCAGCUAAAGAAUCAGAAAAAGUUUCUUAUGUUGUAAAGAAGUUAAAGGAAGAUUGCCAUGCAGACAGAAAUACCAGGAAGUUUCUUUAUGAACUUAUUGUGGCUCUGCUGAAGAUGGAUUGCCAGGGGUUAGUAGCACAUCUCAUCCAAGAGGCUGCUAUUCUGACUUCAGCUGUCAAGCUUGGAAAAGACUGGAGGGAACUAGCUGAAAAGUUAGUACGACUCACAAAGCAACAAAUGGAGGCUUAUGAAAUUCCUCACCGAGGAAAAACUGGAGAUGUUGCUGUUGAGAUGGUGUGGAAACCAGCCUAUGAUUUUCUCUAUAUUUGGGGUGCUCACCACGGAAAUAGCUGCAGAGAUGUGUUACAAGACCUUCAAUCAGCUUUGGACAGAAUGAAAAACCCUGUGACCAAACAAUGGCGAGACUUAACUGGAGCUUUAAUACUAGUAAAUUCUUUAGAGAUUCUGAGAGCAACUGCAUUCUCCACUUCUUAGAAAGUAUAGAAGUGAAGGGUAUGUUUUUUGGAGGAGGGAGAAUGGUAGGGGAAUGGGGUAUGUGUGUGUGUGUGUGGAAGAGAAAGAAUCUCAGAAAAGUAUUACUUAUUUUUUUCAUGUUUGAAAAAUAUCUUUUCCUGGUGAAAGCGCAACCUAACUCAAAACCUGAGGAUGGGUUUUGUACAAACAUGUAUUUUCGUAUAUGUUUCAAAUGCAAACAUUAGGCUGCUUUGUUGUUGAGAAAGUAAAGAAAAACCUGUUUUCCCUUUUAAAGUUACUUUUAAUUUCAUUAAGCUAAAAUAAAUAACUGUUAGCAUAAUUACAUCACAGAGAUACUCAGAACGAGGAGCUCUCAAUCUGAACACUGGAGUUUCACCAGGAGGCAGGUAGGGAGAGAGGAGAAGUAAACACAUCCUCUGUGGCCAGGCACAGGCCUCCUGGCUUCCUACAUCUGAUCCCCCUUAUUUCUCCGUGGAGUUUGCUAGUAUUAUUCCCAUUUUUCAUAUGAAGAAACUAGGGACUGGAGAGGACGUUCAAGACUACACAGCCAGUGUGAAACAGGUUUUCUGUCUGCAAAACCUGGUUCUAUGUUUUAAAAAACCAUACAACAUAGCAAAAUAGCAAAAAAAUACAAAUUCAUGUUAAAACUUAUAAGGAAAUGGUAGCUAUUUCAUUUUAAUUGAAAUCAUCUCUUGAAAGACUACCAGAAGCAAAAUACGACUUAUCAGAAAUCUGUUGUCUGCAUCCACAGACUAGAAUUUUUAGCACCUCCCUCCAGCAUCUUGGGACCUAGCUAGUCCUGCCUAACUUGGACUUUUUCUUAAGGAUUAUAGUGCAGAGUAAUACUUUAACACUCAGGGAUUUUUAAUAACAAGGAUUAUUUUUUUUAAACCUGAUUUAUCACUGUUAAGUGCAGCCGUCUUCACCACUAAAAACACUGAUAUCUGUCUGUGUGCAUGUCACGUGCUCAUGCAAACGCCUGUGUGUGGGGGUGUGGGGGUGGCUGUGGGUGUGUACAAGAGUGUUUCAUAAAGCUUUUGGAAGACAAAGAUUACAUAGAAUUUGGGCCAGUAUAAAUGCUAACUUUUGGCAGAGUUCACAAAGAGAUGGUCUGUGCUUACUCAGAUGUUCCAUCCUCUGGCCACCUGCCACUGUUUACGUGUUUUGGACAUUCAUUUAUUGUCGUUCAGGCAACAGUUGGAGUGUAUGUACCUACUCUGUCGCAGGCACAUAGAUGUUUGAGGUUAGUAACAGGAAAAAAUAGCGUAAUCUCUACUAAUCUCUGACUUCAGUACUGCUAAGUGAUAGAGACAGGCAGUAAUAAAAAAUUACACAGUUAAAUGUAAAAUGGCAUCUGUAAUAAUAGCUUCAAUGGGGAGGCUGGGAUGCCAAGAGAUAGAGAUAUGGGGGGCCAUUAUAUGCACCUAGGGGAACAGGUAAGUUUUCCCUGGGAAAGAAAUGGUGAUGAGCCUGGAGGAGGAUCAGGCAUUGCUUCCAGUCUGGGGAGGGUGGAAGAAGUAGUUCCUCAUGCACUGAAGCCUUCAUCCUGGAGGGGAGCUCAGGAGCCACAGGGAGACUUCGUGAAGGGCCUGAAAAGUGAAGGAGUGAAGGAAUGAAAGACACACCCUCAAAGGUAAUGUGGAUGAGCCGAAUAAGGAUUUCGUUUAGGGAUCCUGAAUAAAACCUGUCCAUUUGGCUAAAAAGUAAAAGCAGAAUCUUUUUAGAGCUUUUAAUACACUCACCCUAGGGUAUUUGGUAUGCUGGCAAAGGUAAUUUGAAUUAGGGUUUAAGAACAAUCUUUAAGGCUUUCAAUAUUUAUAUUUGAUGGUAAGAGAACACAGCCUGCCCAAGGAGUUAUGUACCCACAUUCAAGGACAGAAUUUAUUUUAGUUGAAAACAAAUUCAGGGAGAGGAAAACAAAAACAAUUUGUAAGUUUAGGACACAAUCACUUUUAGUGGUGAUUUUGCUUUCUUUAGAACAUUCUUAGAAUCUUAUUAACAUGUCAGCAAACCAGAGAAUUUCGGGAAGGGAUAGUAAGGAAUUAAUAACUGGGUUUUUCCAGGCUCCAAGAUCUGAGAAGACAGAGAUCUUGUUAGCUGAUUAGGGUAGGAAGAUUAAAUAAAUCACUUCAAGUUUACAUGGCAUCAUGUGUUGUGAUUGUGGUUGGGAAAUUCAAGAAGAGUUUAAAACAUGAAAAACAUGAUCUCUGUAAUUUAAGGACAAAGCAAUGGUUUAAAUAUUAAUACACACAAACAUAUUUUAUAAUCUUGUAACAUAUCCUUCCAGAGGAAUUUUAAACCCAUGUCCAAACAUUCUGUUCUUAUAAAUAUAUUCUAAUAUUUUUCUAAAUCAUUUUGACUUUUCUGAAUUUUCUAUUUCUCUUGCUAUAAUGGAUUUUCAUAAUCAGAAAAGAUUAACUCAGUAAUCCUGAGUUGCCUUUAAUAUUUGGCAGCAAAUCAAGGGGAUUAAUAAGGCACUUAAAUCCCAUCCUUGACAUCAUUAAAAGCAUCAAAAGCCAUUAAUCUAAAACUUCUUUAAGCAUUUCGGAAGUGGAUAAAGCAUAGACGGUUCUUUCAGUUCCUCAGGCUUUUCCUCUAAUGAGGCAUUAGGAUGAGAUUUUAGUUCAGUGCUCAGCAUGCAGUGUAACAAUUUUUCUAUGUAAGCCACAGAUCUUCUACUUCCUUCUGUUAAAGUCUUGAUAUGAAGGCCAAUUAAAGAGGUGCCUGCAAUAGUAGGUCAUUAAGUUUUCCUGCCAAUAACGGAGAUAGCACACUUUCAUGUCCUGUAAUGUAGAAAAUACUAUAUGAAGUUUUGAACUUCGGGAUGACUAGGUUACUAGAAGGAGCAGGAUGCACUACAUUAGUGGAUGGCAUUGGUCUCAGAAAUGUCACUGGUAGUAAACAGCUUUGAAUAUAUGAUAUGAAGAUACAAUAAAGAAAAUACAUUCAAAAUCAUACAAUGCUGUAAUUGGAAGUUUUGAAACUUGAAUUUUCAUACUGUGCUACUGUGAAUUAUAUUUUCUGUGAUUUUUUUAAUGUCUAAGAAAUAUUUGAGAUAAUAUAAAGGAAAAGGAGAAUAAUGAAAAAUUAUGUCACUGGAGGCUUUUCUAAUUAAAAUAGACCAUUUUUCUUCUUAUGCAUGCAUAAUUCUUCCCCCCUCUUCUAUGUGAAGUUUCCUACCAUGUGCUGCUGUAUAGCUUAGUGAGUGAAAUUCCAAUGUUCUUAUAUUGCCAUUAUACUAAGUAGACUUAACCCAAAGACAUUCUUCAGAAUAAAAUAAUUGUUGAAAGUUG